AUGCGCGACCGCCACGACGCGCAUCCGGCUGACUCGCUCUCGGACGCUCAAGUGACGCAGCUCCAGCUCGUUGGCUACUUGUCCAGUACGCUGUCGCUCGUGGGUCCGCUCUACGUGCUCGCGCGCUGUAGUUACGUCUACUUGCGAUGUACGACUCGCUCGCGGCAUCGGCACCGAGUUGCCCGCCGCUGUCGUAUGGACUUUAUGGACAAACUCGUGCUCGUGCUCGCGGUGUUUGAUCUGGUCGCUGUGGCAGCGCGCGCAGUCGGACGUAGCGUCGUGCACAACUUGGCGCUCUGCAACGCCCAAGCGGCGCUUAUCCAGGCUGCUGCCUUAGCGAGCUGUACCUGGGUUUGCUGCAUGGCGUACAACCUGUACCGCUGGAUCGUGGGCGGCGAGUCCGACGCAACGCGGCAGCGAAGGUUUCCAGUCUUCUUGGCACUCGCGGUGAUGCCUGGUGCAGCUUUAGCUGUGUUCCAUGUCACAACGAACAAGUACGGCGACACGACGUUCUACUGCUGGCUGAAUGAGAUCCGGUAUAUGUUUGUCAACUUCUACGUCUUCUAUCUACUCAUGGUCGUGUUCAACUUUGUGCUGCUUGCGCUGAUUCACCUGAACAUCAAACAGCGAGUAGCAAGACAUGAUACCGUAGAGGCCGACACGUCAUCGAUGCUGAUUCGCCGCAAACUAUUGCUCCACAUCGUCGUCUUCAUUGCUCAUCGCACGCCAAUGAUGGUCUAUCGGAUGUUUGUAGCUGGAGGGCUAGACAACCUCAACAUAGGACUCACCGUGCAAGUGAUACAAGAUCUCAACGGCUUCUCCAACGCAAUCAUAUACGGAGGCAUGUGCCAUAGACAUGUGAAGGAGAACUCAAGACCGCGCGAUGAAGACGCCAUAAGCUUACCUUCGCCGACGGACAGCGCCAUGGUCGGGAUCCGUAUGAAGAUGCCAACGGUGAUCUUAGAGGAUGAUCAGGAAACUAUGUUUUGCCCAUCCGCGAGCAUUGGAACUGCACUGACCCAAUCAGGAUUUCGAGUCUCUUGUGAGUCGGACAGUGAAGUUUCAGGUGCAGACAGGAGUACUCACGCUUGCAAGAACCGGGUGAAACCCCAGCACGACUACAGCCAUAAUUAUCGGGAUUGGCAUCAGCGUCUACUCAAUCAUUUUUCGCUGCAUCAAGCACCUUCUCUUGGAGCGCUAAGAAAGGAUUGCGAUGAACCGCUGGAAUCAAAAAAAAUUGCGAUUUUUGCAUCGACAUUCAAUAUGGGUGAGAAAGAUGUCAACGAAAGCGAAUUGCGCAAGUGGAUACCGCUUCGAAAAGAUGUGUACGUGAUUGGUGUGCAAGAGUGCAUGGACCUUGCGGACUUACAAGGCAAGAUAUUGCGCCACCUCGUCUCUGGAUCACGUAGCAAAUACGCGAACUACUCGCGUGAGAUCGGGAAACGAGCCACAGCAUUGGGCUACCACGGGUACAUUGCUCUGUGCAUAUUUGUGCGCGCGUCAGCUGUGGCAUCGGGCCGGUUUCGUAUGCCUCACAGACAGAGAAGCAACAAAAAUGCCCAGGAGGUUUUCCGCGGCAAGUCGCUUUUGCUCUUCGGUCGAGCAUCGAACAAAGGGGCCGUCGGUAUGUCAUUCCGAUUCGAUGGUACAUCGUUUGCCUUUGUGACGUGCCACUUAGCGUCCGAUUCGUCAAGCUUAAAACGGGCCAAACGAAAGAAAAGCUCCAGUGCAGGCUGUAAAGGGAGUGGCAGUUUACUGGAGGCAAAUUUGCUGCAUAACAAUGGAAGCAUGGGACGCAGUAGCGGUGGCGACUGUAGUAGCGAGGCUUCGAUUUCUGGUGGGACUCCAGCCAGCGCGCACCAACCGCCGUCUAAAGUGGAGCGUCGUAACCAAGACGCGAUGGAAAUUCUUCAGCAAUUAUACCUAGAUGAUGAAGAUUAUGGAUUCGGCUUCCCGCAUCUACACCACCACAGCUUUAUUCUUGGCGAUUUUAACUAUCGGAUGACACGCAAACAGGCGACGCCGAUGGAUAUGCUGGAUCUACUUGUGAAGACUGGGACUGAACGCCACAGAUGCGAAGACUUUUGCACUCUAGCUUUGCCGCCACCGUGUUGCUCCUCAACUUCCAAUGCACCGACAUGUCUGAUGUCGAUUGACAAUGACGAAGAUAGCUUUCGGCACUGUAUGACACCCAAAGUGCACAGCCUUGCCCGGAUUGCAUUGACUAGUGAUGACCUCAGAGAGCGGGCUUGUGAAGGAUCAAGAAAUGUUGGCAUUCUUUCGGUGCCAUAUCAAUUGCAAGUACUCGUUGAAGAGCACGAUGAGCUUACCCACUUAUGCCGCACACAGCAGAUUUUCCACGGCUUUCACGAAAAGGAAAUCACGUUCUUUCCGACUUUCCGGCGGAUACGAGGGCAAGCUCUGCGCAAGCCACUGGAUACGUUCAUGUUUCAGCAGAACUUCUCACUCGUCGCCGCUCACGGCGGAUAUCGGUAA